CAGCCCCCUCAGCCCCGGCGGUUCCGCCUCCCCGGCCGGCAGCUCCCCCGCCCUCGGAGCAUGCGCAGAGCCUGGCCAGCUCCGCCGCCGCCCCCGCUCCCCUCAUAGCGGCGCCGCCGGGAGUUGAGCGAGCCGCCGCCGUUCUUCUGUGCGCUGACCCUUUCCUCGACGGCCGAGCCGGAGUGAAGCUGCAUCAACAUGUCUCUCUAUCCUUCCCUGGAAGAUCUGAAGGUGGACAAAGUUAUUCAGGCUCAGACUGCCUUCUCUUCAAAUCCAGCUAAUCCAGCAAUUUUGUCUGAAGCUUCUGCUCCUAUUCCUCACGAUGGAGGCUUGUACCCCAGACUAUAUCCAGAACUUUCUCAGUACAUGGGUCUGAGUCUCAAUGAAGAGGAGGUGCAGAGAAACUUGCCAGUUGCUCAGCCACAAGGUCAACUGGUAACGCGACCUCCUGCUAAUUAUAUGGUAGCUCCAGUGACUGGAAAUGAUAUUGGAAUUCGCAGAGCAGAAAUUAAGCAAGGCAUCCGUGAAACAAUUUUGUGUAAAGAUCAAGAUGGAAAAAUUGGACUUCGCCUUAAGUCUGUUGACAAUGGAAUAUUUGUCCAGUUAGUACAAGCAAACUCUCCAGCGUCUCUAGCUGGCCUGCGGUUUGGAGACCAAGUUCUGCAGAUCAAUGGUGAAAACUGUGCAGGAUGGAGUUCUGAUAAAGCACAUAAAGUUCUGAAACAGGCUUCUGGGGAGAGGAUUACAAUGAUCAUUCGGGACAGGCCUUUUGAGCGUAUUAUUACUAUGCAUAAGGACAGCACAGGCCAUGUUGGUUUCAUAUUCAAGAACGGAAAAAUAACCUCAAUAGUGAAAGACAGCUCUGCUGCAAGAAAUGGACUUCUUACUGAGCACAACAUCUGUGAAAUUAAUGGCCAGAAUGUAAUUGGAUUGAAGGACCCUCAGAUUGCAGACAUCUUGGCAACGGCUGGAAAUGUAGUGACAAUUACCAUCAUGCCUUCAAGUAUUUAUGAGUAUAUAAUAAAGAGGAUGGCAACAAGCAUCAUGAAAAGCCUCAUGGAUCACUCUGUUCCUGAAGUCUAAACUUCCCUCAUGCAUGUGUGUGUACAUGUAUAACGAGAAUUCCGCUCAACUUGGCCUAUUAUACUCAGUGAUUUCUUUCUUCUGCACAUGAGCCUUUCUGGAGGCCAGGAGAAGUUAUGCUGUGUCAAGCACUUGCAUCUGUCAUGGCUGGGAAUGUUACAGUUCAACAUAUCUCGUUUAUUCGCAAACUGUAAAACUUGUAGCCUUAUAUGCUUGACAAGUGUGAAAUUCCAAUUAUGUUAGGACUUCUUUUCAUAGGUCUCUUCCUUAGUUUACUACUAUGAUAAGCCAUGCAACUGAAGGAACCAGAUGUAACAUGCAAAGUUAAGUGUUGUUAACUAGGGCAAUGCUGUGCUUUGUACAUUUAAGAAAAAAAAAAAGUAUUUUUACUGCUUUCUGUUUGCAAGAGUAGAUUUGAGAUAGCAAAGUAGAAGUAUGGCUAGUAGUAGCUUAUUUUUUGUUCUAGUAAAUAUGUUUACACAAGAAUGCCAGCUAGGCUGAAUAUAGCUGAAGGCAUCACUCGCUAAGUAUAAUGAAAAGUAGUGUACAGAUAAUCAAAUCUUUUUAUUACUUGUUAUACAAAUUGUAACUGAUAUGCUUAUCUCUCGCCUUAACCAAGUUCUUAAGGAUUCAGAAAUAAUGACAAUAAACAACUGAAACUUUA